AUGAUUCUGUUUACAUCAAUCUUCGAAAACUUCAUUUUGAUUUUCGAUAUUUUGAGAUCACGAUACUGAGACGUGCGGUCAGAGUUGGUGGAACUGAUAGAGAACUCUGUUGACCUGGAUACCACCGAUCACAAAUCGACGGGUGGUGGUGGGGAAGCCACCAGUUACCUUCUGCGGUCUCCCAGUCUCAUCGACAAGGAAGAUGAUUCGAGCACGCCACAUCUGGAUACCAUGAGUGUAUGCUACGAAACUUCUAACAUGCUACCGAGCUCGGUGAGCACCUCCUCCUCAUCUCACCUGCUGAACGAGCCCGACGCGGCCGGCCAGUCCUCACCUCUGACCGCUCAAUCAAUCGUCCACCCGCCCGUGAUUCAACCGGAAGCGCCGCAGAUCCAGACGGCGAAAGGCAUCGCGAAGCUGGUCGUCACCAACCACCCGGCCGCUCCACUCUUACAGAAGGCGGUCAACCCGCCGCUGAUCACGGUGCUCAACCCCUCCGGUCCGCUGACGGUGGUCAAGACGCUGUGCGUAACUUCGGGCGUGCCGAGCGCUCCGCACUUCACGCUGGUCAAUUCGGCGCCGCUGACGGUGACGAACGCGGCGGUCAAGUCGCCGACCAUCACGCUGCUGAGCGCGCCGGUGACCGUGGUCAAGGCGCUCGGGGCGGGGCCGGCGGCUGGGGAGAAGGGCGUGGUUGAGGCGCCUGUGGGCGUGGGGGUUAUCGGGAAUACGCCCGCUCCAGGUUCGGCCGUCGUCGAGAACAGGGGUCACAAUGUUUUCGUCAAGAAUAGUUGUCCUGAUUCUACCGUGUCUGAUAUGCCGCAGAGCCACAAGCUGUUGACGGCCAACAACUUCCCGGCGCCGAAUGUUUUGCCUGCUCCCCAACCGAAAACGCUCAACGGCCAGAAAGGCAAAGUGAAGAUCGUCAGCAACGUGCUGGUGCCCGGCACAUCCCAAUUGAACAACAACGUCUUACUGAACAAAACGAACCAACAACGCUACGUGCCCAGACAGAAAGCGGGCGGUCUCAACGGCGCCACACCCAGAUACCUGAACAAACCCUCCUCGUUGGGCGCCAUCAAACCGACCGUCAACCACGCCAUGAAACUGAUGCCCGACGACAAACCGCCCAACCGGUUGGUGCACAAGGGCCAGAUCAAGACCAUACCGCCGGUGAACAGUUACGGACAGAAGGCGCAGCAGAGCGGCAUCAAGACCAUAUCGCCGCAGCGCAAGAACGUGCCCGGGCAGGUGCAGCGGACAGGGUCCGGCUUGAGGACGAUACCACCUCAGCGGGCGCACAGGACGGCCAACAAGCCGAACUACAUCGGCAAGCACGCCGCGCAGGCGCACAAGACGCGGCAGGCGCACGGCAAAGUGAAAGGCGCCAAGGCGCUGACUGCGCAGAUCAUCGAGACGCUGAGCAACAACUCGGGCGCGCCGAUGCCGGGCGGCCGGUACGAGAUGUUGCCGAUGCGGUACGAUAACGCCUUCAGUUGCCCCGAUCUGAAACAGAUUCCUGAACCAAACAAACUGUCUGAAGAUAAAAAUAAAUCAGGCCUAGAUGCUCUAUCGUUGAUUUGCCAGGCUGUCUUGCUAGACCACAACUAUAACGCUACUCUUCCUCCUGAUUCUCCAACGAGACCACCGCCAAUGAACAUAAUGUCUCCCCAGAUCAACGGGAUUCCUCUACCCACGAUGUAUUCACCAGGAGCAGCAAAAACUGUUUCCUGCCUAACUGUCGCAGAUCAUUUCGCAGGGCGGCCGCUGCCUGCGAUGCCCGUCUCGAUGUCGUCGGCCGCCCACCUCUCGUCGACCUCCCACCACCCGGCCGGCCUGCCGCCCGCCCAGGGCAACGGCCGCCCCUCGAUGGCCUUGCGCCGCGCAUGCGCAGACGACGACGCCGCCUCGGACAUCUCGGACGGCUCGGAGGGUAGGCGGCACGACACGGAAGGGGAGGAGACGGAUACGGCGCCGGAGGCGGAGGCCGUUAGCAAUGAAAAUUUCGAGGGGUACGGGGACUACGUCACGCGGUGUAUUUGCACGUUCGUGCACGACGACGGCUACAUGGUCGAAUGCGACAGGUGCAAGGUGUGGCAGCACGUGCAGUGCGUCGUGAAGAACCGGCAGGUGCCGGACGAGUACCUGUGCGAGGUGUGCGAUCCGACGAAGGUGAUCGAUAGGCAGAAGGCGCGCGCGCUCCAGCAGCAGUGGCUGAAGGACAGGCAGUUCGUCGAUCCGAAGCUGAGGAAGGACGCGAAGGCGAAGGAGAUAUUCAAGCCGAAGGAGACUGUGAGCGAUACGGAUUCAUCGGAUGGCGAGCAUGUCGCACACAAUAACAACGUCGUCGCUAAAGGCAGAACCAUGGCGAACAGAAGGAAGAACGACAACGGCCAAAAGCAGGCGGCCCGCCAAAGACGCGAAGUGGCCAAAGAGGUGGUCCAGAGGCGGCAGAAGCGCAAAGAGCGCAAGACGGUGCGGAAAAAACAGAAACCCACUGCCGCGAAACCAGCCAGCGAAGACGACCAACACGCCGCCGCUGCCGCUUCCGCCGCGGCGGCCGAAGGGUGGGCGGCCCACCUGCCCCAGCUGCGCCAGUGGAUCGAGAAGUACGAGGAGGCCGUGACCAAUCACUAUUCGCCCGAGUUGCGGGCGCGCAUAUCGAGCGUGCGAGUGAACGGCGCCCAUUCGGGCGGCGACAUGCACUUCGACGCUUCGGUGCAGAAGUGCCGCGUGCAUACGCAGCCGCUCACCGAGUUGAAGUAUCUGGUUAGCACGGCGAACUUGGACUCGAACACGCCCGUGGUCGAGCUCAGAGGGAAGUACAUGCUGUCGGCGCAGCACAGGAAUUCAGGCGGCUCGCUGACCACCCGCCAGCACUCGCAGCGGCCCGGCCCGUUCCUCUUCUUCUACCGCCUCGCCAAGGACAACACCGAGGUGUGCGUCGAUACGCGCACGUACGGCAACAGCGCGCGCUUCGUGCGCCGCUCGUGCCGCCCCAACGCCGAGCUGCGCCACUGCAUCGAGAAGGGGGCGCUGCACAUCUACCUCGUCACGCUGACCGGCGUCGAGAAGAACGGCGAGCUGACGAUCAAGCACGAGACGCACGACUUGGCCGCAAUCGGGACGACGAGCAUCGCGUGCGCGUGCGGCCAUCCUGACGAGUGCUUUGUCAACAAAUCGACGGUGAAGAAGAACGGUGACAGCUCGGAGAUGACCGGCCGAAAGAGACGAGGUAGGCGAACGAUCUCCUCCAGCCUGCCCGAGCCAGAACCGCCCAAACCCGCCGUUGAGGAGCUGCUCUCGCCAACCCUGCCCAACCUACCGGUGCCCGCCCUUCCCUCCCCAGUCAUGCACUCGCCCGGCAAAAUCAAACUGGAGAAACUGGAAAAACUGGAGACCGUCGUCAAGAUGGAGCCCGUCGAGCCGGCAGAGACUAAGUUGGUGGAGGUGAAAGUGGAGAUCGACAUCAAGGAGGAGCCGCUGGAAGUGAAGGUGGAGGUGGCCGAGCCGGCGCCGGAGGUCAAGGAGAAGCCGGACAAAGAGGAGGAAGAGGAGGAGGAGGAAGAGGAGGACGAUGAGUAUGAGGAGACGAAGAGCCCUCGGUCGAACCCGGUGACCGGGCGCCGGUCUUCGCAGUAUAAGUCUGACAAGGAUGACGAGAAGUCCAGUGACACGGGAAAAGAGACGAAGAAGGAGAAGUGCAAGAAGCUGAGCAGGGAGGAGAGGAAGCUCGAGGCGAUCCUGCGAGCGAUCGAGCAAAUGGAGAAGGCCGAGUCGCGGAAGCAGGAGCACCAGGCGAAGCAAGCGCACCGGCGCGAGUCGGAGCCAGGGCCGGGUCCGGCGCCGGGGCCCAAAGAGGAGGAUAGGCAGGAGCCGAAGGUGAAGCAGCGGCGGCGGAGGAAGGGGCGGUCGAGGACGGUCAGCCAGUCCGCCAGACGAAACAGACUGAACUCGACCGACUCGUACAUGACCUCCGGCGACGAGAACAUGCUGCUGUCCCCCAACGAUCACCCCCACGCCGCGUACCCCACCACCAAGGCGGCGUCCCCGCGAGACGCCGCCGAUCGCGGUGGCGGCGGUGGCGACACCAGAGCAGUCGGCCUGCUGCUCGCCCUGUCGAACGGCGAGCCGACGGUGGCGGCGAAGGAGCCGAAGUCGCCCGACUCGAACUCGAAUUCGGCGCACUCGUCGCCCGAGACGCGGCUGUCGUCGGCCUGCCUGCUGGUCCAGGCGGCCGUCGAGCCGCUCGAGCAGCAGGGGUUCAAGUUUCCCAAGACGAAGAAAGGGUUGAUGAACGAGUGGUUGAAUAAGGUCCCCGAGCCUGUCCAGGCCGCCAGCUCGACCUCGCCGUCCUUCGUGAGCCCCGUGGUGGGCGGCACGGAGGACGGCGCCUGCACGCCCACAAAGAGCGCCGGCCUGACGCAGACGCCCGCCUCCUGCGGCGCCGACGUCCAGCCGAGGGGCAGCGCAAAGAAGCGGUGGUUGCGGCAGGCAAUCAGCGAGGAUCAUUCGUGCGAAAGGCCGGAUUCACCACCCCUCAGUGACAUGGUAGCACCACCCAAAAAACGACGACUUCCGAGAGAAUCUUUGUCGACAGAUACUUCGCCACCCAAUACUCCAACAAGUACCGUACCGCCAACCAACCCCAUGAACGACAGCCUGAACAUGGAGGGCUGCGUCGAAAUAGUGUACAACGCCGGCACAGAGGGCGACAGUCCGCCCGAAUCGCUCGAAUCGGACGCCGUGCUGAAGGAGCGCGCUGCCAAGAUGAGGCAGGAGUUUGCCGGCUCGCCGAUGCGGCCCGUCGAGCUGUCGCGCUUCGACCCGCGACUGUCGCGCGACUCGCAGAUGUUCGGCGCGCACGCCGAUCUGGUGGGUACGGUGGAGAAGACGCUCAGCAUACUCGGGCUGGAGAACGGCGAGAAGACGAGAGUGGCGGUGCCGCCGGCGCCCAAGCGAAAGCUCUCGAUCAGCGAAUAUCGGCAGCGGAAGAAACUGAAUCCGAACGACAGAAGCGAUGAAGCAGACCAGGAGGUCGAGCCGACCAGCACCGAAGAGAACAAUUCGUCGGAAUCGUUCAAGGUUACCGCGCGAGCGAGGUCCGUCAGUUCGAGCAGCAGCACGUCGUUGUCUUCGAGCGAUGAGGAACUCCUGCCGCUCGAUAUCACCGCAAAAGCACCAGCUUUCAAUUCUGAACCAACUGAGCUCGAGCGUCAAAGAGAAUUGGCCAGUUUGAGGCUGAAGAAAGUUCUUGGUUUGAAUGUGGAGGAACCUCGCCCUGUUACAGCGUUAAACAUCGAGACCAUAGUGAAUUUGGAGACGGAAACGAAACCGGCCACCCUUCCCUUCCCGAGCCCGACGUUCCCAAUCCCCGGAGCCGUCGAAGUCUCAUCGACGGACGGCCCUCCACUCGAUCCCCCCCAACAACUCUUGGAAACGCCCGAAGUCUGUAAAACUGAGACCGAAGUUGGGGUUGAGGAGACCAAAGUCGAAAGGAUGGAGACCGAGGAUAUCCCCGCGACAGAGGAAUCGCAAGCGAUCGACCAAGUUGAGGGGUCGACAGACGCACAACCGAACCCGGUUUCUCCGGGUCGGCAGGAGGUGGAAGGCAUGGAGGAAGAAGAAGAAGAGGAGGAGGAAGAGGAGGUGGCUGUGGUUCCGAGUGAGCCUGCGUUCGAGGAGGCAGAGAGUGUCAGCUACGUUCCGCCUUUCAACAAUCCGGUGUAUCCCAAUGAGAGUUUUACAAAUUAUUCUUCUACUAUUGAUGAUGAAUUGCGUUACGAAGGACGAAAUCCUUCUCCACCUCCCAAUUUAGAGAAGGCCGAAUCCAGUGGUGAAUCAUAA